CCAGACGCCCCGCCGUAGGGCGGUUGCUAUAGGGACUGGCAGCGCGGCCUGGCGCAGAGGCGGGCUGUGCCCGACGCGGCCUGGGAGUUGCUCUGUGGCUGUUCGCAAGGGCCGGAGACGGCGCCGCGGAGUCACCAUGUCGUUCCGGGAUCUCAGGAAUUUUACUGAGAUGAUGAGGGCUCUGGGAUAUCCCCGACUCAUCUCUAUGGAGAAUUUCCGCACUCCAAACUUCAUGCUGGUUUCAGAGAUGCUUCUUUGGCUAUGCAAAAGGAUUUGAAGGCAGCCAGGCAGCUUGCUUCAGAAAUCACAUCCAGAGGAGCAUCUCUAUAUGAUUUACUUGGCAAAGAGGUGGAGUUGAGGGAAUUGAGAACGGAAUCCAUUGCGAGACCUCUGGAGAUAAAUGAGACUGAAAAGGUGAUGAAAAUUGCCAUCAAAGAUGUUCUGGAACAAGUCCAGAAGACUAAGGACAUGUUGAAUAACGUGGCCUCGGAUGAAGCCAACUUGGAAGCCAAGAUUGAAAAGAGAAAACUGGAACUGGAAAGAAACCAGAAGCGACUACAGACCCUACAGAGUGUCCGACCAGCCUUUAUGGAUGAGUAUGAGAAGAUCGAGGAGGAGCUGCAGAAACAGUAUAGCAGUUAUCUCGAAAAAUUCUGUAAUCUGGCCUAUCUGGAACAGCAGCUGGAUGAUCAUCACAGGGUAGAGCAGGAGAGGUUUGAGGAAGCAGAAAACACACUACGCCUGAUGCAGAACAGGCUGAAGGAGGAGGAAAAACGCCUGCUCAAGAGUGGAAGUAAUGAUGAUUCAGACAUAGAGAUCCAAGAGGACGAGGGAUCUGAUAGUGAAGAGGAAGACAGGCAGCUAAUAAAGCAGCGCACGGCCAUGGAGAUCCUGAUGCAAGGGAGACCCAACAAACGGAUCGUGGGGACGAUGCAAGGUGGAGAGACAGAGGAUGAUGUGGGAUCAGCCCAAGCCCAACCAGGUAAACACAAGACCUCCAGCACCAAGGCACAGGAGGAGUCGGAGGAUAGUGAGAUUGACCUGGACGAUGAUGAAGACGAUGAUGAGGAUGACCUUGAAGAUGACAGCAUGGAAAUCUCUCCCAGCAAGGCCAAUCGCCGGGCCAGGAAGCCAGAGCCACUGGAAGAGAGUGAUAAUGACUUCUGACUCUCCUUCGGAGGUGGAACCACUCAACAUCUCGAGAUGAAAACUUCUCUGACAGCGAAAGGGUUGGGAAUGUAACACACGCUGCUGUGCCUGCAGGGUAUUUUAUAGAGGAAUGAAAUUCGGAGUCGGUAAAUAAUAAAGCUAUGUUCACAGUGACAGUUAAACUUUAA